AUGGCGCUACCAAUUCCACCAGUUCAAAUCCAAGAUGUGGAUAUACUUGCUCGAAAAGUCGAAUUUCCUGCACAUGCCAACGGCCCGCUUCGCCGCGUGAUGUUCCCAAGCUCAACGGAGCAACAGUCCGAUGAAACAGAAGAUGAAGCAAGAUGGCUGAUGUAUAGCUUCUGUGAGGUUCUUGAUCGAGAGGACGAAGUGUAUACGAAACGUACACAUCGGAUGGUCUACCUGUCGGACUCGAAGGUUGGACUACCAAAUCAGAAACCUUAUCAACAUGGGCAAGCGGCCACAAAUAUACUGCGAACUAAACCGGGUGUUCUGAAGAGAGACGAGAGAGGGAAAAGAGACAAAAUGAUUCCUGGGUUUCUGGCUCUUUGA